AUGGUCUUUUCCAAGAAGCUUGAGGAUCACCCUAAUCACCUUUGCAAUAUAUUUGAAAGGUGUCGAAAGUAUGGAAUAUCUCUAAAUCCCAAAAAGUGUAUAUUUGGGGUAUCUGAAGGAAAAUUUCUUGGUCACGUAAUUUCUGAGAAAGGUAUAUCUAUUGACUCUAAUCGGGUGGAAGCCCUAUUGAAACUUCAGACUCCUGAGAGUAAAAAGGAGAUGCGAUCUUUCUUGGAAAAGAUAAAUUUUGUCUGCAAGUUCAUCACCAAGUUCACAAAAAUUGUUAAGCCUUUGAAUGAUAUGAUGAAGAAAGAGGCCAAGAUUGAAUGGAGUCAAGAAGCUAAGGAUACAUUCAAUCAGAUUAAGCAAUCAAUUGUGGAAGCACCUGUGUUGACCAUCCAAGACUACACACUGUUGUUCUAUAUCCAUUAUUUUGCUUCCUUGCAAUCAUGCUCCACAGUACUCAUGCAAAGAAAAGAUGGGGAUGAGAAACCAAUUGCCUUCAUGAGCUCACCUUUUAAGAAUGCUAAGGAGAGGUAUAUUGCAUUAGAGAAACAACUGACAUUACAUCCUCAGAAGCAAAAUUUAUGUUAUAGUGCCAGAUCAGGCAGUGAAAUUGCUACUGAUGCAAAGUGA